AUGGUCGGUCAGUCUAGACAGCAAGGGACUGUGACUUGUUUUCAAUGUGGAGGACCUCACUACAGGUCGUCAUGUCCUCAGUUGGUGGGAGGAAAGUUUUGCGCUCGGUGUAGAAGGAAUGACCAUCUGGAGAGCGAGUGUAACAUGGGAAGACGAGCGGUGAUGAGGCCACCGAAUGAUGGAAGAGUUCAACCGAGAGGUGGUGGCCGAGAACAGGCAGUCGGCCGAGUUUAUGCAAUAACUAAUGCUGAAGCAGCAAGCUCAAGUAACCUCAUUGUCAGUACUUGCUUGUUGUAUGGUAUUUCUUGCUAUGUGUUAUUUGACUCGGGGGCGACACAUUCCUUCAUCUCGAAGGCGUGCGUUGAGAAACUGGGAUUGAUUGAGAGUGAGAUGUAG